CAUCCGAAGCAGGAGUUCCCUCUAGCUGUGGAUGGAGGAUUAAUGGUGGGCUCUGACUGACUGUCGAAUUAUGCGAACGGCGAUAUUGUUGAGUUUCGAGACCUGAACUGUGCAUGAACGUGGGAAAGUUUAAGACAAGGCAGCCGGCGAUAUUCGUGGAAGGGGUCGGGGAGUAGCGGGGACUGCAAGCAGAGGCAGAAAAUAAGGUUGUGUCGCGUAAUAAGAAGGAAAGUCGAAGGCCUUGGAGGUGGAGGUGGCGGUUGAGGGGGGACUGGCAAAGCGAGGCUGGGAGCGAAAGUAGCCAACCGCUAGGGCGAAGACCACAGCCAGGCGUCUUGAGCUUAUUCCGACCCAUUCUGACUGAGAACGGGGAGGAAAACGGGGGCCACUGCAAAUAAGCACACACCGUCGGCUAGCUAGCGCUUGUUCGCUAGCUAGCUAGCCACCACAGCCUGCUAGCCGAAGCGACUUGACUCGUUUCCUCGCUGAAGGAAAACUAGUCGGCUGGUCAGAGACGUAGUAAGAGUCGGCGCGUUAUGGUUAUGAGCAGCGCCAGCUAGUGCAGCCCGGCCUCUGGAAAUUGUAUGCUCAGUUAGGAACGAGGGUGCGAAAAUACCUCGAAAUUUUGUAAGGAAACCAGUCGAGUCAAGAGGAUCUUCCUACCUGGCCUGCAAUCAUGGGCAACGCGCCCACCGCCAAGAACAAGGGCAACGAGAUGGAGAGCGUGAAGGAGUUUCUUGCUAAAGCCAAAGAAGAUUUCCUCAAAAAAUGGGAGAAUCCAGCACAGAACACUGCGUCUCUGGACCAGUUCGAGAGGCUGAAGACGCUGGGCACGGGCUCCUUUGGCCGAGUCAUGCUAGUCAAGCACAAAGAAACAGGCCAGCACUUUGCCAUGAAGAUUCUCGACAAACAGAAGGUGGUCAAGCUGAAACAGAUAGAACACACACUGAAUGAGAAACGCAUCCUGCAAGCAGUCAGCUUUCCCUUUCUUGUACGGUUGGAGCACUCCUUCAAGGACAAUACUAAUCUUUAUAUGGUAAUGGAGUACGUUCCUGGAGGGGAAAUGUUCUCUCACUUGAGAAGAAUCGGCAGGUUCAGUGAGCCCCAUGCUCGCUUCUAUGCUGCCCAGAUAGUUCUGACCUUUGAAUACCUUCACUCGCUUGACCUCAUCUACAGAGAUCUGAAGCCUGAAAACCUGCUGAUUGACCAGCAGGGUUAUAUACAGGUAACAGAUUUUGGAUUUGCCAAGCGUGUUAAGGGCCGGACCUGGACGCUGUGUGGCACUCCUGAAUACCUGGCACCAGAAAUUAUCCUCAGUAAAGGCUAUAAUAAAGCAGUGGACUGGUGGGCUCUUGGGGUCCUGAUUUAUGAGAUGGCUGCUGGUUAUCCUCCCUUCUUUGCUGAUCAGCCCAUUCAGAUCUAUGAGAAGAUUGUCUCAGGCAAGGUGCGCUUCCCCUCCCACUUCAGCUCGGACCUGAAGGACCUACUGCGAAACCUGUUGCAGGUGGACCUGACUAAACGCUUCGGCAACCUCAAGAAUGGCGUCAACGACAUCAAGGGCCAUAAGUGGUUUGCCACCACUGACUGGAUCGCCAUUUAUCAGAGAAAGGUGGAAGCCCCCUUCAUCCCCAAGUGCAAAGGACCUGGGGACACCAGCAAUUUUGACGAUUACGAGGAAGAGGAAAUCCGAGUCUCAUUCACAGAAAAAUGCGGAAAGGAGUUUGCUGAGUUCUAGACCCAGCCUGGAGCAGUGGAGGGAGAGAGCGACGGAGUGAUGAAGACGAAGGGGGGCGGCAAAAAGAGAGAGAUGAUAGACUGGACUGAGCCUGUAUUCAGUAACAACAACAAUGAUGUAGACCCCCCACACACAGAGAUGGAGAGAGGGAAAACAAAAAAAAGAGUCCCAAGAGAGAGCCAGCAGUGUUGUUGCCUUUCGAGAUCGCUUAUCACUUAUUACUAUACUUAUCCGUUUUCAUCUUCUCCCUUUGGUUUGUAAAGAGGGUCCUCUAGGUAGAGGUGCAAUCAUCUCUCUGGUUUUGGUUGGCACGGGGCACAGAGCUUAAUCUGUGGUACUGAAUUGUGGUUCGUCCAGGACGCUUCACUCCUGGAUAGCGGCUUCUUAAUCGAGCGCGGCGGCCGAGCCUUGCUCUGUUCUUCUCUACCCUGUUCCGUGUUGUUUCACUGAUUUUUUUUUUUUUUUUUUUUUUUUUUUUUUUUUUUUUUUUUUUCUUUUUUUUUUUACCCCUCUUCUGCACCUUUCCAUUCAAAAUCUGUCCUAGCAAUACUAAGUCAAAUUAGCCAGCCUAAUGGCACUAUUGGAAAACAGGUGAGGAGGGAUUGUAUUGUCCUCCAUAGUGUGGCGUUCGGGGCGCUUUGUCUUUGUUUGGAAUGGCAAGCUCCCGUUUGUCAUUUCCUCAAAACUAAGCUUGGCAACACCCUGUCACACUUUUUUUUUUUUUUUUUUUUUUUUUUUUUUUUUUUUUUUUUUUUUCCCCCCCUCUUUUUCAUGCAGAAUUCUCACGUUUGGUACAUUUUUCAGACAUGUUUAGGCAGUGUUGACCACUUAAAAUUGUCGAAUUCUCCCUCAAUUUUAACUUGUGUUUUGUUUUUUUGUUGUUUAUUUGUUUGUUUUAACACAUACAUUAUGAUUUGGACUUUGCUAGCAAGUUUUAGUUUCUAACAGUCAAAUCUCAGCAGUGGGUUUCACAAGCAGCCAUAGUGGAGGAAGUUCUGUGGUUUUAAAAUGGCCACCGCACUCCUGAAUAUCAGUCUUUGGUAGCACAUGUACUGUUAAAUGAUGGACUGCAGCUACAUACCUUGAUGUCUACUUUUUUUUUUCCCCCCAGCUUUUUUGUUCAGCUUUGAAACCUAAAUGAAGGGUAAAUCAAAUCACCUUAACUGCCGAAAUGGAAAAAGGAAAAAAAAUGUGAAGUUGAGUUGUUCAAGCACAAGCGCUUGUAGUUGCUGUGGAGCUGGUUGAUGUGUGUUGACGUGAAAAAAAGAAAAGUAGCAAAAAUCUCUCCGGAAGGGGGGAAAGGAAAAAAAAAAAAAAGAGUUGCAUGUUAUUUUUGUACUGCAAAAUGUUAAAGCAGGACUAAACAAGGUUUCUGCUCCAGUGAUGGUGUGUUUACUCGCUGUGUGUCUUGCCAUGCAGUGAAGAAACCCCACAACCUGCGUUUAAAUCCGGAAUUGGAGAGUUUGGUUCUUAGUAACAUCUUUCGAGUGAUUGGUAAGGGACGAGGGUUUUUUUUUUUUUUUUUUUUUUUUUUUUCUUUUUCUCAUUUUUGAAUGCCCACUACAGAAAGCUGCCUUUUAGUGAACAACUCUAAUGAUCGUACAUGCAGGCAAGGCAUGUAUACGUCUUUUAACAAAAAAAACACAAAAAAACCCAGAAAAAUCAAGUUUCCAGAUCACAUGAACUUUUUUUUUUUUUUGACUACCCAUCUGUAAAUGAACUGCAGGAUGCUCUUAUGGCUAUUGGUGGGGCUUUCUAUGUGUGUAAUAAAUUGAAAAGCUAAGGAAGCCCAUUCCCCCCCCCAGGUAUAGCAGAAAUAAUAGCCUGUUUUUGUUCUCCUUUUUUGUUGAUAGCAGCAGUAGGUACACUUUUUGACAGUUUCUUGAAAUGACUUAUUUUCUCAAGGUAUAUUACUAGAUUUUUCUAAAUAAUAACUUGCUAUUAUAAAAUAAUACCUUAUUUUCAAACAGUCGACUUCUUUUCUUGAAAUAUUGACUUUAUAUCUUGAAAUAAUGAAAUUGAGUUCAGCUGAAGUUCUGACUGAAUGUCUGAAUGAGUUAUUCAAUUUCAAGUAAGUAAUUUCAGGACAUUGGAAAUCAAGUCGUUUCAGGAUAAUAAGGCAAAUUGUUGAGAAAAUAAGUAAUUAUUUUGAGAUGAAGUCAAAAUGUGGUUGUACUGCUGCCAGGAACAUCCUCUACCUGGUGGAAAUGGUCUUCCAUAGUAAGCAGAUCUCCUGUGCCCUCAUUUUAAAUUAAGACCAUUCAAAUCUAGUUCUCUGACGUGGGAGCUAUGAGAACAUGGGGGGGAGGAAAAAAGUAAUUCUUGCUCUUUGAUUCUGUAGGAUGCAAGACAAUCUAAACCCAAAUAUCUCAGAGAUGUUCGUAGUGCCCCAUCAUGUGCAAUAAUGAAAAACAUUUGUGGUAAUUAUUUAGUUUAUUUUAAACAUAGCUUUGCUUGUGUGUGUGUCAUCGUGUUCAGAAGCUUGUUUUUUGCUCUCAGCGCUGUCAUACAGGAGUCAGCGGUUUGCUGUGGAAGGCUGUUGGUAGGUGCCGUCCUAACCGCUCCUACUAAAUCCUGCAUUUCUGUGAUUUGUAUGUGAUGUAACUGAGGAUUCUCACAGUUUUUUUUUUUUUUUUAACAAAGUGUGUUGUAGUUUGAUUUACUUUUACUGAAUGUUCUCGAAGCUAACGAAUUGGUGCCAGCUUAAAAACAGAUCUUUGGGGGGGGAAACAAUGUUUGUAUGUCUUUGGAUGAACAGAAGUAUCUCUUUGACAUGGCUGUCGAGUGAAAAGGACACUGAGAAAUGCUUUGUAAUGUUUUGUUUGUCCACAUCUUCCCCACUGUAGACAGCCGAUGUCAUUCAGGCCUGCGACUCGCACGACCGAAACAGUAAUUGGGAUGCAAGCUUUGCUCUUUUGAGGUGGCAGAGAAGUAACUUUGAAGGGGGGGGGAGAAAAACGACCCCUAAUGCCGAUGUCCCAUGUUGUAGGGCUGCUUAGAACUCAAAACAAAAUAGGCUUUGGAUUAUUUCAUUUUGCAGUUGCCACCUGUAGGCUUACAUCACCAUGGAGGUUUUCGCUCACAUUAUUAUUGUUAUUAUUAUUAUUAUUGUUAUUAUUAUUAUUUUCUCUUUUAAGACUCCAAAGCAUAAAUGAAUGGGGGAAACUGCUUCUCCUCCUGGUUUUGUAUAGCUCAAGUGCUGGGGGGGAAAAACAGUGUUCUAGGAAAGCUUACAGCUUACUGAAGUACUUUUUAAAAAAAAUUAAAUAGACUUUGGCUUGGCUGCAGUGGUAUUUUGACAAGAAAACUGGCCAAGGACUAUCCCCUAUUAAUAUACUGUGUCAGAGGAUGUACCAAAGUGGUUCGGAUUGGAGCCUUUCCUUGACCUUUUGCCCAGGACCCACAUGUAUAAAGCUUGCCAAAGUGAAAAAGAUCUGGGAUCUGCUUACGGCCUUUCAUAUCCUGAUGGUCACAGUCAUAUGAAACAAGUGGAGUUGGCCUCAGACGAGCACUUCUGCUCUGUCUUAUACAGGUGGGCCCUGAACGUACUGAGACAAUACGGGAGUAAAUCUAUAAGCAGAUUCUAAGCAGAUUAUCUGCAAACAGCAUCUAAUCGUUUUCCAGUAACCAAAGAUUUAUGGGAAAUGCUCAGAUGCCCCUCUGCUGAGACCUCUUCUGACCGAGUAUGUAAAUAAGUGAUAAACCUUGCGUUGUUCAGCUGUUGCAGUCACCCUCUCUAUGUCCUCUUGGUUCUCUGGGCCCAAUUCCUCUCUUGAAACAUGUUUGGUGUCCCACAUCCCUCCGUCUCCUUCUCAUCCCUUCACUAUAUUGUCAAUCAGCUAUUUUGUGUGCAUCAGUCCACGCUUCAAUUUGCCUUUGUACACAUCCAGUUUCCUACACUCUUCUAUUUGCUUUUUAAGAUCAUGAAGAAAAAAAAACAUUGAUUGAUUUACUUUUUUCAUAUUUUCUAAGUGUAUUUUCAAUAACAAGAAACUCUUUCCUCCCGACACAGGUAUGGUGAUGGUGUAGUUUAUUGUACCUUUUCGGGGAAACAAUACUGUAUAUUCUCUGCCUUUAACAGUCUUAAUUAUUUUACCUUCUGGAGAACUUGACAGAUACCCGUAAGACACAUGGAGUAUGUUAAAAUUACAAAAAAGAAAAAAAAAAUACAAAAAAAGUACACAGAAUAAUAUUUUGCAACAUGUAUCAUUCCAAUAAAGUUUUAAUUGUUAAAAUUACAAAAA